CCUUUUCCGUUACCUCCCACCGCCGGCAAGCUGAGAUUUUGACCGGGAUUUCAUCGCCGUCGCCGAAUUCUCUCUUUUAGGUGCUGGCAAUAGAUCUUCGUGAGAUCUGCAUCACAGCAUCAGUCUCCUUUUCGCAUCUGAGAGCUAGUCUCGGAAAACUCAUUCAUCGAUUUCAGUUCCUUUUUCAGAUUUUCUUCCUUAAAUGAAGAUUAUUCUACUCGUAAUGCUUCUCUGCUCCUCGCUUGCCUUCUCCGCCGGAGAGACAACUAUUCACACGAACAAUUGGGCUGUCUUGGUCUGCACUUCUCGAUUCUGGUUUAACUACCGGCACAUGGCCAAUACUCUGUCCUUGUAUAGGACAGUCAAGAGACUUGGGAUACCAGAUGAAAGGAUAAUUCUGAUGUUGGCUGACGAUAUGGCCUGUAAUGCUAGAAAUGAAUAUCCUGCUCAAGUUUUUAACAAUGAAAACCACAAACUUAACUUGUAUGGAGAUAACGUUGAGGUAGAUUAUCGUGGGUAUGAGGUAACAGUUGAAAAUUUCAUGCGGGUUUUGACUGGGCGACAUGAGAAUGCUGUUCCAAGGUCAAAGCGUCUCCUCAGUGAUGAGGGUAGCCACAUUCUACUGUAUAUGACUGGGCAUGGAGGUGAUGAAUUUCUAAAGUUUCAAGAUGCAGAAGAACUCCAGAGUCACGAUUUAGCGGAUGCUGUAAAACAAAUGAAAGAGAAGCGUAGAUUCAAGGAGCUGAUGAUAAUGGUUGAUACUUGCCAAGCUGCCACUCUCUUUAACCAGCUUCAAUCACCUGGUGUUUUGGCUAUUGGUAGCAGUCUUAAAGGAGAGAACUCAUAUUCCCAUCACCUGGACUCAGAUAUUGGCGUAUCUGUUGUAGAUCGGUUUACAUAUUACACUCUUGCGUUCUUUGAGAGGCUCAAUAUCUAUGACAAUGCAUCACUUAACAGGUACGAUAACUAUGCAACUCUCGUCACCAACAAUCUGUGUUAUUUUAACGAGUUAUAUGUGUCUCUGUAUGUUUUACCUCUGACAUUUACUGAUCAUUUUAACGCCUUUCAAGCUGAAAUUUCUGAGCUACAAACAUCCGUUCACCUCCUGUUGUGCAGUUUGUUUAGGUCCUACGAUCCGAGACAGCUAAUGUCUACUGCCUAUUACCGGACUGAUCUUUACCAGCCAAAUCUGGCGGAGGUACCGGUCACAAAUUUCUUCGGUUCAGUUAUGGAGACCAUUCAUACUGAUUCAGCUUACGAAGCCUUCUCAAGUAGAAUGUCCAAUAGCAAGAUCGAUACCGAGAUGCCACUCAAUCAACUUUCCGAGCAUGAUCUUCAGAAUGCAAACAACCCAAACGAUGACUCGAAAACUGAGAAGCAAAAAUGUCCAUAUUCACAAAUGCGGGCAGACCUCCAUGAGAAACUGGAGAAGCUUGAAAAUGUCGAUACAGUGGUUAACCUAAGCAUAGCGGUGAUGGUUCUCGUUGUAAUGGUGACAUCAUCUUUGUUAUGAUGAAUAGCUCGUAAUAUAGGAUCAACUUCAUCGUCAUUACUUCACUUUAAUCUCUGUUGUAUGAUUGUCAAUGUUGCAGCUUCGCAUCCAUUUAUUAUACUUUUUCACAAUU